GAGCGAGCCACCUUUUUAAUAGUGUUUUCUCAUUCUCCACGCCUUUCCUUCGCUGCAUCCAUCCCGCUAGCAUUGGGAGGCUGUGGCUGUGGCUGUGGCUGUGGCAGGCGAUGCCCGACAGUAACCCCGGGCAGAGGCGCUGACCUUUGGCCCGUUCUCCGCGGCGCUGGCGGUCGGUCGGUCCCGUGAUCACUAUGGCUGCCUUCAGUAAAAGUAUCCCGCACAACUGCUACGAGAUCGGCCACACAUGGAGCACCUCCUGCACCACGGCCACGCUGCAUGUCACCGCGGGGGCUCUGCAGGAGUCCCUGAAAAUCUAUGCGCCUCUUUACAUCAUUGCAGCAAUCCUACGAAGGCGGAAGUUAGACUACUACACUCACAAACUGCUCCCUGAGAUCCUCCAAUCGACCUCCUUCCUUACCGCAAAUGGUGGCCUCUAUAUUAUGUUUUUCUGUAUCCUCAGGAAGCUGCUUGGGAAGUUCUAUGUAUGGUCUGCAGGAUUUGGUGCAGCCUUGCCUGCUUCUUAUUUGGCCAUUCUGAUUGAAAGGAAAAGCAGGAGAGGCCUCUUGACAAUUUAUAUGGCAAACUUGGCAACUGAAAGUAUAUUUCGAAUGGCUGUAACAAGGGGUCUUCUCACACCAGUUAAACAUGGGGAGGUCCUGUUGUUUUGCUUCACUGCGGCUCUGUACAUGUUCUUCUUUAGAUGCAAAGAUGGCCUCAAGGGAUUUGCUUUCUCUGCACUCAAAUUUAUUGUUGGAAAAGAAGAAAUUCCAACACAUUCAGUUGUGGCAGAACACCGGAUUCCCAGCACAACCAGUGGCCAUAUCACUGAGCACCAGACACUAGAAGGUCGGACCAAGAAAACCAAGACAUCUUUCAUAGCAUUGACAAGACAACUUAUUGCCAGAAUUUGCAAACGUGGCCCAAGACACAGAUGUUGUAAGCAUUAUGACGACAACUGCAUAUCCUACUGCGUCAAAGGUUUUAUACGGAUGUUCGGUGUUGGCUACCUUAUUCAGUGCUGCCUUCGUAUUCCAUCAGCAUUCAGACACCUGUUUACAAAGCCAUCUCGGUUGUUGUCUGCUUUGUACAAUAAAGAGAAUUUCCAACUUGGAGCUUUUCUAGGAUCCUUUGUCAGUAUUUACAAGGGUACUAGCUGCUUCCUCCGAUGGGUGAGAAAUUUAGAUGAUGAACUCCAUGCAUUGAUUGCUGGUUUCUUGGCAGGAAUGUCAAUGAUGUUUUACAAAAGCACGAGCAUCUCUACGUACCUGGCUUCCAAACUUGUGGAGACACUAUAUUUCAAAGGCAUUGAAGCAGGAAAAUGUCCAUACUUUGCACAUGCAGACACCAUCAUCUAUGCAAUUUCCACAGCUGUAUGUUUUCAGGCGGCUGUGAUGGAAGUUCAGAACCUCCGGCCUUCCUAUUGGAAAUUUCUCCUGAGGCUUACAAAGGGAAAGUUUGCUUUGAUGAACAGAAGGGCAUUGGAUGUGUUUGGUACACAUGCCUCAAGAGACUUUAAGGGAUAUAUUCCAAGGCUGGAUCCAAGAUACACUCUUAUAAAACCAGAACUUGAACUCCAUUCCUGACUGCUUACUGUAUGACAGAACGGGAAAGAUAUUCAGGUUUGUAGGACAGGUUUAGCACAGGAAGUUAUUAAUUCCAAUGUUUUACCUGGUAGAGGGGAGGGUGGUCAAUAUUCUAGCUAUUUUCUUUAAGGGAUAUCUAAUCGCGCCUUUUUUCUGAAGUAAAAUGUGAAUGCAUAAAGCACUUAAUCUUUGGAAGUUUAAUUGUUCUUUAUUGAUUAUUUCCUUUUUGUUGAUUAUUUUAAACGUGACAUUCGAGUGUCCUAUAAAUUCCACUUAUGCAAACUGCUUAUUAGCAGGGUGUGGCUCAUUUUAUAUAUGCCAAUGCUGAUGAUUUUUCUGUGAAAUUGAAAGUUUUUUUUUCUUUUUGCAAAGUCUGUAGUAAUGGGUUAACUCCUGAUAGCCAAUGGUUGAAGAUGAAUAAACAAGAUGUACUGAAAAAUAAUUUGUAUUCUGCAGUGUAAAUUACAACCGAUUUGCACUGCUAAAGAAAUAUAAUUGUUUUUGAUAUUAAAUUACUGUUGUUUUGAAUCA